CGUUAUACAAAUUUGCGCGGGGAGCUUCUGUUGUGGGUGUCUGUCAUCCGUCUGUUUAGAGCUCCGGUAAUCGUUGAUGAAACGGUUUCUGGUGUUUUAAAGUCACGUCGUAAACCGUAAACAUGUCCAAGCGGGAGGCGUUUUUAGAGGCCGCUUGUAAGGAAAAUGUACAGGACUUCCUUCGCUUCAUCCAGCUUCAUAAGGACAAAGCCGAGCCUUUCGAUGUGGAGGAAGUGUUACAGGAAAUAACCCGAGACCAGAGACAGACUCUGUGGGCCAAACUGGCUUCACUCCUUCAGGAUGUCCUGCAGGAAUUACCUGAGGAGGAGCGCAGGGAGGAGGGCAUGGAGCUGGAGUCAGCUGCUGACCCUAAACAUGUCAUGGCUGUUGUGGACGGUGUGACACUCGUAGCUUUAGCAUCCUUAAAAGUACUACAAGAAGGCGACAGCUACACUUCCCUUCUGGAAACAACACACAGGCUUCAUGCUGUCUUGGAGUCGCUGCCUGUGUCGGAGGCUCCUCUGCAGCUCCAGAUCCUGACUUUGUGCGAGGCCUGGUGGAAGAAUGGCCUGAAGGAGAAAGAAAAGUUUGGUCAAACUGCCCUCCUCCUCUCCUUGCAGAGGUCUUUCACUGGGAAGAAACCAGGUGUCGAGAUCCAAAGAAUUUGGCGUCUCCAUGAUGUACUCUCAAGCUUAGACUUCACAUCAGAGGACAACAAGAAGGCCACCGACCUGUUGCUUCAGUGUUUUCAGCUUCCUACUUUCAUCAAACAUGAAGAUGGAAAGCGAUUUCUGGUCGCUCUUUUCAGCUGGAACGUCAGCUUCAUCCCAAUGAUUCACGGCACUGUCAAAAAUGAGCUGGAGUUCUACAGCAAGACUACAACUGCCCACAUUACAGAGGUCUACUUCAGAGCAUGGAAGAAGGCUAGCGGGGACUUCCUGGAGGAGAUUGAGAGCUCAUGUGUUCAGGAUUUUAUGAGGAGUGCAAUCUUACUUCCUAGAAAUUCUCCUGUGUUUGACAAAGUCCGGCAGGUUGUGAACUAUUUCCACAAGAGGAAGAGCUGCCCCAGGGUGGAGAAGAUGCUCUAUAACCUCUACAAGCCCAUUCUCUGGAGAGCUUUAAGCGCCCCAAACUUUGAGGUGCGAGCAAAUGCUACACUGCUUUUCGCUGAGGCGUUCCCUAUCCAUGAUCCGGACCAGAGCUGCACCAAUAUAGAUGAGACCAUCCAGAAGCAGCUGGACACAGGAAUGGACCUCAUCAAUGAUAGCCAUCCCACCGUUCGCUCCAGUGCCACCCUGGGAGUCUGUAAGAUCCUUGCUAAGUGUUGGGAGCUCUUUCCUCCUACAAUCAUCACUGACUUCCUGAAGAAGAUGAUGGAUCUGGCAACCGACAGUAGCUCUGCUGACGUCCGGUGCUCAGUCUUCAAGUCUCUGCCCAUUGUCUUGGACAACCCUCUCAGCCAUCCAAUACUGGAGAAACUCCUGCCCACUCUGAAGUACAGCCUUCACGACAACUCUGAGAAAGUGCGGGCAGCUUUCAUUGACGUGCUUAUCAAGGGCAAGGAAGUGCGAGCAUUCAAGUUUUGGAACGUUUGCAACACAGACCACCUGCUGGCCCGUCUCGCCAUCGACACACAUCCAGUUUCAAAGCGCAUCGUCAACCUCCUCUCCAAGUCCUUCUUCCCCGUCAGUGAACCGGAGCGGGAGUGGUGCUCGCGCUGCAUCACCCUCAUCCAGAUGAACCCCAUGGCUGCCCGGAAGUUCUACCAUUACACCGCACAGUUCACCGCCUCUUCUAACAUAUUAAACUUGAUGUUAGCCAUCCGUCGGGUUCUGAACAGCUGCAUCCAGAGUGACAGCGACAUGUCGGACAUUAAUGACAGCAACAAGGAGAACAGCGGCGCACAGGCUGAUCCUCUGCUGGACAAAAUCACGAUUGCUCGUCUGCUGGAGGUCAUCGCCAUCCUGUGGAAAACUGUGGAGCAAGCACUGAAACGAAACGAAGAGGCCCAGAAGUACAUGUUCACCAAGUUUGGAAGUGUCAUGUCCAAAUAUUUCCAGGCUUUUGAGGAUGAACAAUGCACUGCUCCUCUCAUACAGCUGGUCUCAUUCAUGCCCCCAGCUGCAGUUCCAACAUUCAGCUGUGGUGUCCUGUCCAGGCUGCGGAGGAUGGACUCGGGAGCGGCUCCUGCACAGUACGGCCAGCUGUUGCACUGCGUGUGCAGCUGGGGCCUGGGUGCAGACGUCCUCGAACUCAUCACUGACUGGCUCACUGAGGCUCUGCCCAACCAAGGGGAGGAGGGAAACUCCAAUAGAAGGGUGCGCAUUCAGGAGACAGUGGAGGCCAAACCAGACCUGGCACUGAUUUAUCUGGAUUAUCUGCUCAACCACGCAUCAACACGGGAGAUAGUCCUCGGACUCGGUGAGGGGUCACUGAAGCAGCUCCAUACAGUUCUAGGAAACUGGCAGUCAGUGCUGUACUGCCACCUCAACUCUGCCACAGAAGAUCCUAAAAGUCCUGAUGUGGAGACGGCGCUGAAAGCUUUUAUGUACCACAGCCGCCUGGGUGCACAUCUACAACAUAAUUUCUCAGAGAGUCGAGACUAUCUGCUCUCUAUGGAGCGUGUGGCAUCAUGGGUAGCUGAGAAGGUCCUUCCCUUCCUGACUAAACCAGUCAACAGUGAUGAGAGUGAACAGGAUUCAGACAAGUCACAGCGACUGGCUGCAGAGAUAACUGAGAGCUUCCUGUCAGUGUGCCGAGACAUUAUUCUCGUGGGUUUGGGUGAUAAGACAUUCAAAGGUCAAAUCCUCCACCUGUGCUUGAUCUCAGUCAUGUCAGAUGCAGGCUAUCUUUGCAUUCCUGCAGUGCUGCCUGUUUUAAAGGAGGUGGCGUCUGAUGCAGAGAGUGAGCUGGCUCAGGGAGACCAAGAGGACCCGACAUGUAACAAUCUGGGUGUGAUCGCUAAAAUCUUCCAGGUGAUCAUAGAGCUCUUAGCCCGCCGUCUGAAGAAGGAACCAGAGGAAGGGCUACAGCUGUGCCAGUCAGCCAUCCCGGGCCUGACAGACUUCCUCCAGGUGGCUCAGACUUGGGACAGAGAGUCGCUCUAUGGGAUCUUUUCAACUCUUUUCGCUGUCAUCAUUGUAGAGAAGACACGUUUGCUACAGAAGAUGACCCAUCCUGAGGAGAUGAUCACUCCAGAGUCAGUGGACAACAUGCCUCCUCUGUCCAGCGUUCUGCUCUCUGUCAUCCUAAAAUCACCCUCUGUUACCAGUGCAUUUUUGAAAGAAGUGAGCUCAACUUUGGACUCUGAGGACAUCAGUAGUCUAAAUAAUCUGGCUGCUGUGCUGCACAUCUUGGCUGUCAUCAAACAAACCACUCAGUCCAAGGCUAGCUUGAAGAGCGCCGCCGUGUCUGUCCAGCAGCAGCUUCAUAAACACGCCGUCACAUCGACAGACGUCCAGAGGGUUAUUUAUGAAUCUUCUGUGAAGACCUUGAAUGAAAUUCUGGCUUUAUAGUUUGAUAUGAACUAUCUUCCUCUUGAAGCCAAGCAGAGCCAUUUGAUAUUUGCUUUAGUUCUGCUGUUACAGGCUUCAAAGUGCUGGAGAGGGGGAAAUAAAUAUUGUGAAUUUGGUGACUGGGAUUUAAAAACAUAUGGUUUGGAUUGAGAGUGUCUGUUUUCAUGCUUUUCCAAGAAUUGCUUCUCUGUGUUGAGUUGAUUCCUGUCUCUAAGCUUUUAACAUUGAUAAUGUUUAAAAAAGAUUAAUCCACACUGUAAAAUCUGGUUUUUUUUGGAUUAAGUGGCAUUUUUUUUAAAAACUCACUCACCUCUUAAGUACUUUUUAAAAAAUAUUUCACUUAAAGGCAUAUUUUGUUUUCAUGUGCUACUAUCUAUUUGUGUUUGUCAGCAUACAGACUGUAGCGUCCUACUAAAAGAGUAAAAUAAAGUGUAUCUUCAUGCUGUA